UCUUCGGCGCUUGUAAUAUUAUACGCUGGUCGCAAGUAUUACGCCGACGUUCUGUGUGUCCACUGUCUAGCACGGAUUUGGUCUGUUUUAUUUCCUUCCCUCGCGGACUAUUUCAGUAGGAUAUUUUUUACUGAUUUAUUAAAUUUUUUUUUUUUUGUGUGUGUGUUUCAAUCGACGUUUGUCAUUAUAACGCGCACACAACAUCGUACAUACCCGCUAAAAGCCACGAUCACGAAACAUCUGUUGUGUUUACUAUACAUACGAUUUCUGUGUGAACUACCGAUCAAAACAGGAUGCUGCUUCUUACGGCUUUAGUCGUUUGCGCUACAACCCUCGGUUGCAUAGUGAUGAUCCAAGCCAGUGGCAGCCAAAAGCCGAUUCGACAAGACCAGAUACCGCCACUUCAAACCGCUCCUGUUUGGUUAAACGCCUGCAAAAAGAAAGACCCGAAUUUGGAUGAAUGUAUUCGUAUGACUUUUCAGAACAUGUUUCCUUACUUGGCAAAAGGAAUACCGGAAAUUGGAACCAGGCCGUUCGAACCAAUGGAUAUAGAAAAAGUGUCUUUAACUAAAGGCCAAGGUGCAAUAACAUUAUCCGGAGCAUUUACAAAUCUUGUUGUCCACGGACCAAGUAAUACGACUGCUUUGUACACCAAGAUGGACUUGGUUAAAAAUCGUCUAGACAUUGGCCUAUUCAUACCAACAAUCAAAGUAGAAUCGAAAUACGAUCUGAAAGGAAAUUUAUUAUUAUUACCACUGGUGGGUGUAGGCGAUGCUAAACUAUAUCUGAAGAAUGUAACCACGCAUGUACAGACAAACAUCUACUUCCCCAUGUAUAUGAAUGAGACUGUAAUGGUGGCUAGCAGUAUGAAAGUUGACUUUAACUUGGCUGCAAUGCGUGCCAACUUUGACAAUUUGUUCAACGGCAACAAAGUAUUGGGACGAACUGUCAACACAUUUUUGAACCAAAACGCGUUGGAAGUGGUAGAUGGUCUGAAGGAAAAUAUUGGUGAAAACCUAUCGACCAUAUUCAAACAGAUUAUGAACGAUGCAUUUAGCCACAUGCCAACAAAACUAUGGCUACAAGACGAUUAGUUGACUUAUGUAACUAUAUUAUUAUGUGAGCAUUGUUGUACAUAUAGCCUAUUUCGAAUUAUUUUAACGUAUAUAUCUAUAUAAUUAUUAUAUUCGUGGUACAU